AUGCAUUCAUUAGACGAGACAGGCAAACCACGGUAUCGCGCUGCCUGCGACGCGUGCCGUCAGUCCAAAGUACGCUGCUCAGGUGGAGGUGUAUGCGUACGUUGCAAGAAACAUGACUACAAAUGCCGAUAUAGCAUUGCUCAUCGGGCAGGUAAACCAAAGGGCAGCAAGAAUAAAGCCACUCUCAAGAAAUUGGAGAAUCUUCAGGCUGUCCAGCAGGGAAAGAUUGCAUUGAGCAGUGGGAUGGGCAUAGUUUCUACGGGGAAGAUAUCGAGGCCAUUGGCGAACCCUGAGUUCUCUCAGCAAAGGAGAAAGAAUGCUUCAACACACGAUAUCAGAGCGCGAUAUGACCUCGGGCAUCCUUCACUGGUGCAUAUGAGACAUUCUUCUCAUCCAAUGUCUCGCAAAUAUGCCUUUGCUGGUCCUGCACUCCCUAUGUAUCCGUCACCUACAUCUCCAGGGACAGAGCCAAAUCUGUGGCAAGGCGUUACCCCGUCGACACAGAUGGGAUUCUACGAUCCUCUCGAGCCUAUCUACGGACACAUUCCUUCACCGGCGAUAGCGCCAUACCUUCCUUCACCGAGUGAAGAAUCAGCUACUGCGUUUAGUAUACCGUCAGACCCAUCCACAAUAGCCAAUGUAUGCAGCUGCGCAAAUAGACUGGACUCGAGUCAAAGACAACUAUCUAGUCUUGAUUCGGACAUUACAAUGUGGCGUUUUGACCCUACUAUGGGGAUGGUCUCGAACUCUCUAUCAUCAUGCCACAUCUUUUUAAGCUGUGCGGCGUGUCCCAAAAGUACAUAUAGUGGUGGGGAAUUGUGGAUUCUCAUUUCUUUACUUGAUCGCACUUUUGACGUCCUCAAUCAUCUCGUUUUUCAUCGAAACGACAGGAAUAACCACGGGCUUUGGCCUGAGCAACAACAACAGUAUGGGCAGAUUAUUCCGUUUACUUACGCUGUUGCACUACAGGAUUGCAUACUUGAGCAGAGUGUUGCGACAUCCUACCAGAUAGUUCGAGCGCUGAGGGAAACCAUUGACGCCGAGAUUGGUAUUACAGGUGGUGUACUUGGAGAUAUCAACUUAAACAACAACGGACUAUCGUCGUCGUCAUCCUCAUCGUCAACAGGCUUCCCCUCACCAGCAUCGAUGGAGGCCCCAGUACAGGAAUUAAUACUCAGAAGCGAUCACCCCCAACAGACAUGCAAGACCGACAAGACCAAAUCAUGCAAUGCUUCAUCUUCAAGCGACAUCAACUUCAUUUUACAAGCUAUCCAGCGUUACGAGGCCGUUAUUGGCAGCAUGCAAGCAGUAAUCACACGCAACUCUGCUGCCGCCGCCGCUACCACUCAAGCAAGUUCAGCUUCUUGGUCCAUUGGUAUCUCCGAUAUAGUGACGAGUCCCUGCGGCCCGUAUCAGCUGGGAACAAUGGAGGGCUUUCCCCAGCAGCCUCACCCGGGCCAUGCAAGGUUUGCCUCCUAUGAUAUGAUUGGGCUUUCUUGAUAUGGGAUUUUGCCUUUAAUCCGAGG